AUGACCUGGUAUUGCCAAUCGUGCAAAAUUCAGAACAGCCAAAAGCACGACACAUGUCGUGGAUGUCAAGAGCACUGGAGCCGUGUGUGGAAGGAGCCGGUGAAAAGGCGUUCACGCAGCAAAAGCAAGGGAGCCAAGCAACAAGAGCAGCAAAAUCAAAAAGACAGUGUCGCGGAAGCGUGGCAGGUAUUUCCAACGAAAGUCCCAUGGAUACCAAGUACGCCAGCAACCAGACAUGUGACAAAGCAAACAGAGACUCCUAUGGGAACACAGAUGAUGGAGGCGGGCAUUGUAGCUCAGCCGCCACUUCCUCUUCCAGCUAUCUCAUCAAAGGAGGAACCUCUGACAGACGAAGAGAAGAAAAAGCUGACUCAUUUGCGUGGCUUGAAAACCAUGGAUGUACAACUUCCAGCAGAGCUGGAGGAACAGUUGGUCAUUCUGGAAAUGAAGGAGAAAGAGGUGAACAAUUCCAAAGCCUUGUCUCAUGGACACCUCAAUCGCAUGACAAAGAUCAAGACCCAAAUUGGAGCGCAAUCCAAAAAGAUCGAGGCUCUGGAUUUGGAAUGGUCUGCCUUUGUGAAAAAUACGAUGCAGAAAGUCUCCCAACAUGCAGAUCUUUACCAACAAUGUCGUGGAGAGAUGAUGGAGGUUUACAAUCAGAAGCUCGACGAGCUCAGGAAGCUCAAACACGAGCUGACAAUGGCAUCCAGAAGUCUCAUAGAUCAGCAGUUGGAGGAGCCGCCAGAAGCACCUCUAGAUUCAGUGGAGACACAACUGGAUUCAAUGAGGUCGGCGAUGGCCACAGCAGGGUCUGUCACACAGGUCCACGAGCUCUCGGACGAGGACGACGAGAUGGUGCUCGGAGAGGAACAAGAUGUGGAGAUCAUCAAAGGGAGCAGAGCAGCGAAAGCCAAUUUCAAAGCUGCAACCUCACCGCAGAAGGUGGCCAAUCUGCAUUUGAAGCAAAAGAAGGAGAAAGCAGAGAAAUGGCUUGCUGAUGAUUUGUGUAAGCAUUGGGAGAAACCACGAAGUUGGUUUCGGAACAAGCCACGGAAGACGGUUGGUUUUCAUGAGAAGGUUUUUCUCGAUGAGGAGGAACUGAUGAGAGUCCCAAAUGCAGCGUUAGUCACUGGAGCUAUACGUGUGUUAGAGCAAGAGUCAGAUGAUGAAGAUGUAACUAGCAAUGAUGGUGAGACUUCAGCAGCUUCCACAGAUGUUUCCAAUGACCACUCUUUGGACGCUUUGUCCCAGCCCUCGGAAGAGACACAGUGGGAUGAGGUUUCGAGUCCGAAAUCUUGGAGUUGGGAAGGUAAUCAAAGUGAUUUGUCCUUGCGUGAAGGGGAUGCCGCUACAUUGAUGUCAGGAGCACCAGUGAUGAUGCAAUAUGACAAUCCGGAUCCUUAUCCUUGGCAAGUUGACCCUAUCCAUUUUGAGGAGGAGCCUGAGCAAGAUAUGAUGGACACCGAUUUUGCGGAAGAUCAUCAAACACAGCUGCAGGAAUAUGUGGAGCAUGCUUUGGAGGGAACCGAAACAGAGGACACCGUUUGGCAAGCAGUGACCUUCGGAAUUGGACUUUUGGAUUUGGGUCGAAGGGAUUUUCCUUUCAGCCCUCUAAGGCUCAAUGAAUUGCCGGAAUUGGUGCAGCAGGCAUGGUGGGAUCACGCUCAAUAUGGAGCACUCACUAUAUUUCAUGUUUACCCACAGCCAAGCGAGUUGGGCGGCAUCAACAGUGUUGUGCUCUUGGUUAGUGUGGCCAGUCCGGCUGAUCUGGAUCCUGAUGUGAAAAAUGUCCUCAUCACUCAAAAAGGGGACCCAGCAGCGGGAUUGCGACCAGAAUUGGAAGGUGAUCAGUGGAUUGAACGGAUGUGGCAGCUUUGGCCAUUUGAUCAUCCAUUUGCACCGAUCACUUUUUGCCCCUUUGCUAUGCCAGACAUGAAUGAAUGUCAAGAAAUGGUUUUCCAUUUUGCCGUGGACUAUGGAUCGCGUGAUGGAGUCACUGUUUUGGUAAGGCAAGUGAUUCAAGUCGCAGAUGACAUACCGAAGGGUUUACCUGGGGUGCAAGAACUUUGGGCUGUGGUCAUGCCGCACAUGGAGAUUAGUGAAGAUCCAUUGGAGGCUUUGGAAAGACCACCCUUUUGGCAACGUCAUGUGAGAAGUCAAAACAUGCGAAUGCAUCUGCAGGUCAAUGGUGAUCGAUAUCAGGAUGUAGUUGGGCAAUGGCAGGAUGGGGAUGUUCUCACUAUGAAAGUCAAUGUGGGGCAGAAAGCGCAGGCUUUAUCCAUACUGCUCAGAGAGGGCUAUAUGCCGGACCCAAAUUUCGAUGAGUUGGUCACAGAACAGACGUCCUUUUUGCAGAUUGGAGCAACAAUUCAGCAUGUUGAAGUUUAUGAUCAAGGCAAUGUGGAUGAGAGCAUUGGAAAAGUUCGUUGCAAUGCAGCAGAUGCAGAGGCGACAGCUAUCAUUGCGGGAGCGGAAUUUUUGCUGGCGAAACCUGAAUUACACAACAUUGAGGUCUUUUUUCACUAUGAUGCAAUUGCGGUUGGUCAUGGGGCGUGUGGCAGCCAGAAAAUUGUCUCGCAGGAUGACAGUUAUUCGGACAGACAAAGGGCCGCAAGAAUAUUGAUUUCUUUGCUGCAACAACGUGCCGCAGGAAUGAAAGGUUUGCAUGUGAAAGCCCAUGAUGGACACCCAUGGAACGAAUGUGCAGACAGCAUUGCAGGGCUUGUUUGCAAUGGAUGGCAACCACCAGUUCAGGCUGAGUUGAGAUCAGGACCUUUGCUAUCCAACAAGUUACGUGAGUGGGCGUGGGUUGAAGCCAAUUCAACUGCGGUUAUGCCAUCACUGGAAGUUAUGUUGAGAAAUGAUGUGGCAGCGUACAAUCAAGGAUGGGUUGAUCCGACCUUGACAUCUGUGCAAGAGCAGUCUGCAAGUCACAGUGAUCAUGUGGGCGAUUCAAACUCUCACAAUGAGGGAUGUCAGACCCAUCGCAUCAGAUUUGCGACAGCGAAUGUGGGCACUCUUGAUUACAGAGGCAAUGUGAGCUGUUGCAGCAUCAAAGCCAAUGAGUUGCUUCAGCAAUGUCAACAAGAAGGAAUCCACAUUUUUGCGAUACAAGAAUCCAGAGCAGCAACAUCAAGAACUCUCACAAAUGGUCCUUUCACUCGCUACAUUGCGAAAGGAAGUCAAGGACAGGCAGGAGUUGAGUUGUGGAUCAAUGCACUGGAGCUAUCCAAGAUCUUUCACUGCGAUUUUCACCCUGAGAAAGAUGUGUGUAUCUGGCAUUGUUCUGAAAGAAUCCUUGCGGCGAGAUGUCACUGUGGGGUUCACACAUUGGAGAUCAUUGUUUUCUAUGCACCUCAACGUGGAAGAGGGGCUCAGGAGCAAGAGAUCUGGUGGUCAUAUUUCAAGAGCAUUUUGCAAGGUAGAGACAAGAAAGCACAGCUUUUCAUGCUUGGGGAUGGAAAUUGCAGUGUUGGCAGCAUCGACGAUGCAGCCAUUGGGUCUUUGGCAGCGGACAUUGAAGACGAAGGUGGAGGUUAUUUGCAUGAUAUAUGCACGAGUGAGAGCUUGAUGAUUCCCUCCACUUUUGACCAAUGGCACAACGGGCAGUCCCACACAUUUCUCAGUGCGAAAGGAGGACGCUCGAGAAUUGAUUUCAUUCUGAUUCCUCAAGAGUGUGCUGCCAGUGUGGUGCAAUCAUUUGUCAAUUUAGACAUGGAUCUGAUGAAUGGAGACCGGGACCAUUUUGCAUUGUGCUUGGACUGCGAAGUACAGGUUGGUGACAAGAACAUUGUGAGACGUUUCGUACGUCAGCAGUCUUACAAUCGCAAUGAGGCUAGAAAGUCCCAUUCACAGCAUGACAUUUUCAGCAUUAUUGAUAGUUGCCCAGCAGUUGAUUGGAAGACAGACGUCAAUGAUCACUGGGAUGUCAUACGAAAUCAUUUCCAGAAGCAGGCCAAAAUUCUUUUUCCAUGUCAACAGAGGCAACAAAGGCAGCUUUAUUUCUCUGCUGAGGCAUGGGAUGUCCUGUGCAAUCGAAAGGAUAUACGAAAACAAUUUCGUGAGCUGCAAAGGGAAAAGAACAAGAUGAUGCUGCGAGCCAUAUGGCAAGUCUGGAAGAGUGAAAUCUCUGCAGUCAAUGAAGAGGAAGAUUUUCAUUUGCCACUUCACAUGCUGCGAUGUCAGGAAGCGAUCACCUAUGAAGCUCGUCUGAGGGCUGACAAACAGUUCAGAGCUAUCAAAAAGAGGGAUUGGAAAAACUGGAUCAGAAAACAAUUGAAGGACAAAGUUGAAGCCGCACAAGGAGUGCGAUCAGCAGAGCUCUUCAAAAUUUUGCGGCCCAAGCAGAUGAUUGCGAGAAGUGCAGGGAAGCUAAUCAGACAAUUGCCGGGUCUGAUUGGACAGGACGGUGAAUGGAAGAGCAGCAGAGACGAAGUAGCAGUUGAGUGGCAAGCACAGUUUGGAGGGAUUGAAAAUGCGGAGGAUAUUUCUGUGGAGGAGCUGUUGGAGCGAUCUUGUCAGCAGUUCUUUGGCAGACGAACAGAGGAGGAUCUGUUACAAUUGCCAACCAUUUAUCAGCUGGAAGGGGCCAUCAGGGCACUGCAGGCUGACAAGGCCACAGGGCUGGAUGGAUUAGGCGCUGAGCUUCUGCAGGCCGAUCCUUGCAAAGCAGCUCAAAAGAUUUUCCCCUUGGUUUUGAAGGCGGCGAUCAGAGGUCAAGGCAUCAUGGAGCUGGCCGGAGGAUGGUUGCUGCCUUUAUACAAAGGAAAGGGUAAUCCUCAAAAGAUGAUGGGAUACAGAGCGAUACUCUUGGAAUCAGUUGUUUCCAGAGCGAUAUCUAAGGCCUGGAGGCCGAAGAUUACAGCUGGUCUUUCACUGAUUGCGGAACCCAUGCAGUGGGGAGGUCGACAAGGGCUGUCUAUUGAGGCAUUGCACCUUCAUAUCCAUUUUUGGAAACGAAAUGCGAGGAGGAAAAGAGUGUCACAUGCUGUAGUCUUCCUUGACAUACGUGCGGCCUUCUACUCUGUGGUCAAACAAAUGGUGGCAGGAGAAGCAAGAGGCAUGCGCAAAUUGGAAGAGGUUUUCAGCAAAAUUGGAAUGUCAGAAAAUAUGAAACCGGAUUUUUUACAUCAGGUGUCUGGCGUCAAUUUGGUGAAACAAGCAACCGGCUCAAACAUUGUUGCCGGAAAUGUGGCAGCGAUGUUGGGAUUGACAUGGUAUGUGAUCCCGGAGUCAAAAACAAUUCAGGGCCCGAUGACGGGAUCGAGGCCGGGAGACCCCUCAGCAGAUGUGCUGUUCUCGCUGGUACUUACAAAGGUUUUGAAACUCAUCAAGGACAGAGCUGGUGAGCAAGGCAUUCAACUACAUCAUAAAGCUACAGCUGGAGAUGUUUCAGAUGUGGUGACCUGGGUGGAUGACAUUGCUUUUUCGCUCACUGGAGAAGCACAGCAGUUAGUUUCAAAGACAAUGAAGCUGCUGGCAAUUGUUCAAGACACGAUGUUGGAACAUGGCCUUGCGUUGUCCUAUGGCGUUGGAAAGACGGCUGUGAUGUUUUCAUUUCAUGGGCCAGGAGCGACAGCGGCGAGACAAGAAACAGAACAGAAAUACCGUGAUGGUUUACCUCUGCUCAGUGAACACAAGGGGAAAGUCAACAUUCCAAUUGUUAGCCACUAUCGUCAUCUUGGGGGCUUUGUGGUCCGUUCUGGAUCACGUUUGCAGGAGUUGAGGGUGAGAACAGCAGGAGCCAUGGCGAAGCUCAAGCCAUUGAGAAGCAUUCUCACUCACCCAGAUUUGCAGCAAGAACAGAGGAGCAGGCUGGUUAAAAGUCUUGGCCUUUCAGUUUUCACGCUGCAUGCUGGCACCCUUUAUGCGAUGACGCAAGGUGAAUAUCAACAGUGGCAAGCGGGAAUACACAAAAUCUACCAAUCACUGCACCAGCGCAAGCACGAUGGGGAGGUUCACCAUUUCACACUCUAUCAGCUUGCGGAUAUGAUGAAAUCACCAAUGCCGAUGGAAAUGAUCCACCUAUGCAGAUUGCGUUUGUUGGUUCACAUCAUCAGAGCGGGUGAUCAACAUAUGAUUGCAGCCAUUAUUGAGAAUCAUGAGAUUGAACAAGAAGAGUCAUGGUUGCAGGGUGCUUUCUACAGCUUGCGUUGGUUGGCGCAACAAGUUGGAAAUGAAAAUGUUCCAGAUGAACUUUUUCAACUGGAAGAUCCACAGGUGUGGGGCUGGUUUCAAGAAGGAGCUCAUGAGAUCAAGAGCCUCAUCAAGAAAGCAGAGUUAUCGCACUUGUGCAAGGUGGAAUCGUUUUGUGCUCUGCAGAAGCAAGCCAAUGAGCAAGACCAAUUGUUGAGAGAAAUGGGAUGGAGUUGUGAAGAUGAGGACGACAGUCAAGAAAAACAUGCUAUCAGUGAUUUUUCAUUUGCGUGUGAUGAAUGUGAUGCAGUUUUUGAUUUGUCGUCGUCUCUGGCGGUACAUCAACAGAAGAAGCAUGGAAAAAGAGUUGCGUUACGCAGAGUGGCAUGUGAUGCAACGUGCAGAGCAUGUGGUAGGUUCUAUCAUACCAGGCCAAGGCUCAUCAAGCAUCUUCAAACCGCAAAGAAAGGUUGUUGGCAGUACCACUUGAGGAACUUUGAACCCAUGACAGAAGAGGAGGCACUUGCUUUACAUGAGAAAGAUUGCAAAGCAGGUGUGGCUGUGCAUCAGAGAGGUCUUAUUGAGCAUGCGCUUGAUCACACAUGGAGGUGGUGCACGGAAAAGGAGAAGGAGAAUGGCUUACCAUUGAAGUCGCAAGUGGUGCGGGUUGAUGGAGAGCCAACGGAGGAGGAGAUCAGCGAAUGGUCGUUGUUGGGCAUGCUUCCACCCGGGCAGGGUGGAAGAUGCCAAACCAAAAGAAAUCCAACGCAAUGGAGCGUGCACAAUGUUGGGCAUGAGGCCACAGAUGUUGAGCGCAAGUUGAUGGAUAGGGUACAAAAAUGGUCUCCAGAUCCAGAUUGGAUCCCCAGAGGUCCAGCUGAAGGCAGAAGAUUUUUCCUGAUAUUUUUUUCAGGGCAUCGACGUCUCAAAGAUCUUGCUACCUACAUCUGGUGGAAAUCGGAUUUGAUUCCGAUAUGCCUGGAUGUUGCCAUUGAUGCGGAAGUAGGCAACAUUUUGCAGGACAGUUUGUGGCGCUCUCUCAUUCAUGCCAGGCGUGUCGCUGGUGGACACGCAGGACCGCCCUGCGAGACUUAUUCACUGGCGAGAUGGCUUGAAAAUGAGAAUCAGCUAUACCCACGACCUCUUAGGAGUUGUGAACAGCCUUGGGGGUUGGAUGGCCGAACUUUGAGAGAGACGCGGCAGUGGCUCAUGGGCAACAUUCUCAUGUGGCGUGCGCUUUCAUUGUUGUUGCUCAUCUAUGCCUAUGGCGGCUCUUUCACACUGGAACAUCCUAAGGGAUGUGGAGGUGUUAACAACAAGUGGACGAUAUGGGACUCAGCAUUUGUCAAACAGUUGAUGCUGGCAGGAGACAUUAGGCUCUGGACCAUACUUCAAGGCCCUUUAGGCCGACCCUUCGCGAAGCCAACCAAUCUUCUCGCUGCUAGAUUGGAAGGCCUGGGAGAAGCCAUUUACAAGGGCUAUGACAAGAGCUGGAGACCAUCAAUGAUGUUGGGUGGCAAGGAGGGGCAUCAUUGGCGCACCGCUCAAGCCAAAGCCUAUCCUCCAGAACUUUGUAGGAUCCUUGCCGAACAACACAGUUCCUUCGCAGCAUGCCAACAGGCAGAGGGUGUGACCAUCGAACCAGAAGAUUUGCAAGCAGCUCUGGAGAUUUUGGCCAACACCUAUGACCCGUACAUGCAGAAUGCAAAGGGCACAACAAUGUGCUCAGAUUAUUUUCACAAAGCAGCAAGGGAGGUUUGA